AUGCUUCUUUUCACCGUCGCGGUCGGUCUGGCCCUCGCUGGACAUGUCCUUCCUGCCCACGCCAGCGAGAUGGAGGACCUUGCUUUACGUCAGGCCCCUCAUCACAAAACACGUUUCUACCCCAAGGGAACCCGAAAUGUGAGUGCCUGGACCGUGUGGACUGGUGGGAAUUCAGAGAAUCACUGUCGUGCAAACUGUACCCUCGGCACGGAGUCUACCAUCUCUACCACUAUAGAGUGGAGUGGGUCACUCGGUGGAGGAAUUGGCUUGAAACGAGCCAUUGAUGCUGGGCUGAACUUCGGUGUUGCUGUUUCGGUUACCAAGUCUACCUCUACGUAUACAGAGGCACAUUGCAACGCGAACAACUACGGGUGUGUCUGCGGUUUCAUGUACUGGCUCCCGGCGGUUGAGUCGUUUGGUAAGAGGGUUGAGAUUACUACCUUUCGCGAUUUCGAGUACGACUAUGUGGUACGGGCUCCGGUGCUAGGCCCUCAUGGGGUACCAGAUAUCUUUUGGGAUAGGUGCAAGUCUUCCAAAUCGUCGGAUGACUGCGAUGAGUAUCCUUGGUCUGAAUACCUACCCUGCCCUGAUGGUGUGUAG